UCGGUCCGGUGCCUGACGAUUGGCGACGGCGCCGGAGCCUCAGCAACCCUUAGACAAUCCAUCGUCAUCACGUGGACAGUCUGGAUAACGAUGCGUAAUACAGGCGGAAUACAUGAGCCGAAGGGGAAGGAGCACGUUGGGGAACGAGGCAACGAGGUUUCCGAGGCUCAGUCGUCAGUCGUCUAGCAGUCGCCGAGCAGGGCAGUCCCGGUAGUACGUUCGCCGGUCGAUCGUAUCGCCACGUCGGGUCGCGUCGCGUCUGCCGCGCUGGUCUCGGGAUUCUCCGCGAGAACAAUCUCGCCGGAAACACAGAGAGAGGAGUUCCCGGCCGUCUCUCCGGCGUCUUCCUAGCCGGCUUUCGUCCCGUUUCCUGCCCUUCGUGAACGUUCGCGGCGCUCGACGGAGGAUCGAUUCCUGGAGAGGCUAUAAAAUGUUGGCCAACGUCGGGCAGAGUUGACGAGGGUCUGUUCGUAGGGAGACGCCUACUUGACUAACACUAAUCAGCAGGAAGGAGAAGAAGCGCACACACACAAUCUACAGACACACGUGUCGACCGAUAGUAGUCCGAUUGAGAAGAAAGAAGCACGAUGGAUCCUUAUUCAUUGAGCGUGGAGCGGGAGGCGUCGAAGAACAUCGAAGAGAACGAGCGAGAGUGCUUCAAAGAUGCGAUUGUUUCGAGCCGGAGUCUCAACAAAGGUUUCGUCGAGCCGACGAAUAUUAGAAAUGCCAUCCGAGAGAUCGCUGCUUGCAUCGUCGCUGCGUCUUUCCACAUAGCGGUGGGCUUCACCAUGGCGUAUUCAGCGACUCUCAUUCCUCAUUUGGAGAAGGAAGACGCGAAGUUGCAUGCCACGAAGGAGCAAACUUCCUGGAUAGCCAGUUUGGCCGUGGUGAGCGCGCCGAUUGGUGCGUUAUUAGGGGGCUUCCUGAUGGAGACGUUCGGUCGAUUGAGAACCCUGCAGAUCGGCGCGAUUCCUUCCGUAAUCGGUUGGAUCCUCAUCGCCACGUCGAUAAAUAUACCAAUGUUGCUGGUGGGUCGUUUGUUAACCGGAUUAGCGACCGCUCUGGCGACCUCGCCAGCGAUCGUCUACAUCACCGAAGUAGCCAGGCCGGAGCUGCGCGGCUCCUUGAUCUCGUUCGGGCCGACGCUGGCGUCGUUCGGCAUGGUGUUGUGUUAUCUAAAGGGUGCUUAUUUACCAUGGGAACUCGUCGCCUGGCUCAGCCUCAUCUACUCGAUCGGGCCCAUCGUGCUGGUGCAACUGUUUGUGCCAGAGUCGCCAGUUUGGCUCGUAUCAAAGGGCCGCAUCGACGACGCCAAGAAGUCUCUGGAAUGGCUUUACAAGAACGAGAUAUCGGAAAGCAAGACAUCGGUGGCCGAGGCGCAAUUUAUCAAUAUUAUGAAGGAGAACGAAAUUAAAUUAAACGAGCAAAGGCGGAGCAAACACAGCAGCGCGUCCAAUAAAUGGCGGGGAUUUCUUAAGCCGACCGGAUGGAAACCCAUGUCGAUACUCUUCCUGCUUUUCACGUUUCAACAGUUCUCCGGAAUUUACAUCACGCUGUUCUACGCAGUGACUUGGUUUCAAGAAGUAGGUGCGGGGGUGGAUGAAUACAUAGCGUCAAUUUUAGUGGGCCUGACGCGUUUUCUGUGCUCCAUGGUGAACACUUGGCUGCUGAGGCGAUAUAAAAGACGACCGUUGUGCAUAAUAUCGUCCUUCGGGAUGGCUGUGUGCAUGAUCGUCUCCGGUUACUUCACGCUGAACAUCAAGAACGGCGAUCGCAGCGGGUACUGGGUACCGGUGGCGUGUCUGUUACUUUACGUGUGCACGUCGAUGAUCGGGAUGCUGACUAUUCCGUGGACCAUGACGGCGGAAUUGUUCCCGACCGAAAUCCGCGGAAUCGCCCAUUCCAUCAGCUAUUCCAUGGCGAAUCUGCUCAUGUUCGCCGCGUUGCAAAGCUACAGAAGCUUGCAAGCUUUUCUGGGAGGUUCAUAUGCGGUACAAUGGUUCUUCGCUGGCGUUUCUGUAGGAGCAGCUAUUUUCGUGUGGCUACUGCUGCCGGAGACGCACGGGAAGAAGCUUUCGGAGAUCGAGGAGUACUUUCACAACAAUUUUCUGGCCUUGGGAGCGAAAAAGAAGGACAGAAGGCGACGAGCCGCGAGAAGGGCUCAGCAAAACGCGAAAUCGCCGGCGACCGAGCCACUCAAUCCAAAAACCGUACAGAAUGUUUAAGCUCUCUCUCUCUCUCUCUCUCUCUCUCUCUCUCUCUCUCUUAUUUUCCUCUUUUUUCUUUUAUUGCGAUCCGCCAACCGCGAAUUUUGUAUAAAUGUAGAGUUUGAGUUGUUUCGGAAAAAAGUGACGGAGAAAUAUUAGAUACCCAAAUCUCGCACUUAGUCUCGACUCUUACACGACAAAUUGCUAAUAACUACGUGCGUUGAACCGCACGCUCGAGAUAUACUUAGCUAUGCAAAACGUCAUUUUGAUAUUAAUGAUAUAAUUAGUAAAAUUUAUUCGUACGACUUUAAAUUAUAAUUUGUUCGAAUUUAUUUGAAUCGCAUCUGGCGGAAAAACCGACGGGAAUAUUCGGAAGGGUGCACAACUUUACGAACGGGAUGAUAAAUGAAAUGCGAAGAAAUGAAUUGCGAAGCUAAAACUCAGCUACGAAUAUAACGUCGCGUCUCGUUGCUUUCAUUUAUUCUCACUUAUUGUUGAAUAAUUCAAAGUUGAUCUAAACACUCACGCGCGACACGUAUUGCCAUUAUCGUAGAUGUGGGCGAUAAAAGGCGAGCGUAAAAUAUUUCUCCAAUGUUCCGCUUCUCGCUGGAUUAGAGCUGAUAAAACAUGUCGAGAUAUAUUAUUAAUGUAACGUUAUUACGUAAUGAGAGAGAAAGAGAGGAAGAUAAUAAUUAAAAAAAAACGCAAGAUUUGCGUUUCACAAAGAAUCGCGCUCCGCGCGAGAACGUCCAAGCAUAGUGCCUCCAAUUUUUCUUUCAAGAAUUUCGCGUGAGGAUUAUCGUUACAGUAUUAUGAUGCCGAUCUGAUGUCGCAGGUUAUAAUAUGAGAAACAAUCACACAUUCAUUUUUACAAUUCACAGUUACAUUAAGGUCGAAUACGAGCCGAUAUACAUUAAUCAUGAGUUUCAUUAGCCUAUCUAGAAUCACAAUAGAGUGUAAUCAUAAGUAACACAAUAUAGAGCGCAUUCUCAGAUUUCCUGUUUAUUACGAUACUAUAUUUAAUCUAGAAGCUAUCGGCGUGAUAACGAUCGUUUAUAAUCAUAAGUAUAGAAUCGUCAUACAUUUUCCACAAAUUGUCUUGCAACUGCUAUAUAAUCAAAACUUAGAUAAGAAAAGUCUAUAAGUUUCAUUACGUAUAUUACCAACAAUCAUAUAUUUGUUAUUUUUAAAUUAUAGCAACGAUUUCUAUUAAUAGCAAUGUUUCAAUUGACAAUUACAUCUAUGAUCUAAAAAGAUAUUUUACACUUCUAGCUCUCAUUAUGUGUUAAGAAAAAGUCAACAUACUUUAUAAUUUACUUCAUUUACGUUUCCCCGCGCGCGCGUUUGUGUGCUUACUUCUUUAUUUUUAUCAAACUUACUUGAAAUUGAGGACGAGCGUGGCCACAGUAGACAACGCACUGGUCUAUUGAGCCAAAGGUCCCGGGUUCGAUUCCCGGUAGAGCUAGAAAAUUUUAUUCGCUCGUUCUCCUCUCGGAAGGCAAUGGCAAACUACCGAGAGUAUGUCUUGCCAC